AUGUACGUGAGCUACCUCCUGGACAAGGACGUGAGCAUGUAUCCCAGCUCCGUGCGCCACUCCGGCGGCCUCAACCUGGCCCCGCAGAACUUCGUCAGCCCCCCGCAGUACCCGGACUACGGCAGCUACCAUGUGGCGGCCGCCGCCGCCGCGAACUUGGACAGCGCGCAGUCCCCGGGACCGUCCUGGCCGCCCGCGUACGGCGCCCCGCUCCGCGAGGACUGGAACGGCUACGCGCCGGGGGGCGCGGCGGCCGCCGCCAACGCCGUGGCCCACGGCCUCAACGGGGGCUCCCCGGCCGCCGCCAUGGGCUACAGCAGCCCCGCCGACUACCACCCGCACCACCACCCGCACCACCACCCGCACCACCCGGCCGCCGCGCCCUCCUGCGCCUCGGGCUUGCUGCAGACGCUCAACCCCGGCCCCCCCGGGCCCGCCGUCACCGCCGCCGCCGAGCAGCUGUCCCCCGGCGGCCAGCGGCGGAACCUGUGCGAGUGGAUGCGGAAGCCCGCGCAGCCGUCGCUCGGCAGCCAAGUGAAAACCAGGACGAAAGACAAAUACCGAGUCGUGUACACGGACCACCAGCGUUUGGAGCUGGAGAAGGAGUUUCACUACAGUCGCUACAUCACCAUCCGGCGGAAAGCCGAGCUGGCCGCCACGCUGGGGCUCUCCGAGAGGCAGGUUAAAAUUUGGUUUCAGAACCGCAGAGCAAAGGAAAGGAAGAUCAACAAGAAAAAGCUGCAGCAGCCGCCGUCGUCCCAGCCACAGGCUCCCCAACCGCAGCCCGGUCCCCUGAGAAGUGUCCCGGAGCCCCUGAGUCCCGUGUCUUCCCUGCAGGGCUCGGUGCCUGGCCCUGUCCCUGGGGUUCUGGGGCCGACUGGGGGGGUGUUAAACCCCACUGUCACCCAGUGA